AUAUCGUGCAACAAACCGUUAAUUUUGGUGAAAAAGUGAAACCUAUAUAUUUUGUAUCAUAACUUAGUAAAUGCUUUAAUAUACAUAUAUUUUUAUACAAAUAUGCUUAAGUCAAAACGUAUAGCAUCUAAAAAGGUAGGAGUAAGUGAUAAGAAAGGGCUAGAGAAGGCAAAAAAUGAGGUUCAAACAAAAGUUAGCACUACUCGGACAUUAAGAAGCACUAAAAAGAGAGCAGCUGCAACUGAUGAUAAUGACAAACAUCCACAGGAUGAGAAUUGUGCAAAUGAACAGAAUAAGAAAAAAUAUGUGCCAAAACUUCCAGUAAAAGUUUACGGUGAUAAUAGCUCAUUCUUUGAUUCCAUUUAUCAUGCUUUUAAGAAGGAAAAUGAGGAUAAAGUUAAACAGAAGCGGAAAACACAACGAGAUCGAGUAAAAGCAGUGAAAAAUGUUGAAGUUUCUACUCCAAAAAAUCGUUUAAAGAGAAAAUGUGACUUAAACUUUGAUAUAUCUCCAAUAUCAUUAAGGAACGCUACAAUUGAUUUAGCUUCCUUUGAAUGUGAUGACGAACCAGUAAGUAAAACGCCUAAACUUACACAUAAGAAUAAAUCGCCUGAAAUUGCUGAGCAAGAGCCAUUGGAAGUAGAUAAGGCUCCAGAGUCUAAAGUCGCUAAAAGCGAAUCACAUGAGAAUAGCUCCAUUGAAAUGGCUGGAGAUUCAGUUAACAUUUCUGAAAAAGAAGAUAUCCUGCAGCCUGAAAUUUCAAAUAGAAUUAAGACACUGAAGGCUGUUGAACAGAAGAACGAGACACCAAAUAAAGAUCCUCAAUCAGCUAUGAUCUCGUUAGCCUCUCCAAAAUUAAGCAUGAAUGAAAAGAAUGGAUCUAAAUCAAUUGAAAAGUCAUUGACAGUACCUGAAUUACAUAAUAGCUCAUUAAUUGAUCCAGAAUCAAGUAUUCCUCCUAGUAAAGUAAGUAAAAUUGACGAUAAUAAGAACCAGAGCUCUCUUGUCGUACCGGAUAUAGAAGAAAGUAUUACAAACUUGCCAGAAAAGGAUAAAUCAAAACAUAAAGUCGUACAAUUUAUUGAUGCUCCUGAGGAGAAUAAGGCUAGUGAAUUAGAAAUAUCUAAGAUAAAUGAGACAAUUAAUCUCAGACCUGGAAAGUGGAGACGAUCAUUGGCUGCAUGGAGAAAAAGUCAUAAUCCAAAUAGAGUUAUUAACCGAGCAUCUCGAAAAUUUGUUGCUCUAUUCCCAAUCCGUACUGAUCCAGGAGUUCUCGAACGAUAUAAGAAAAAGCUGCAUGAGUCACUAGAAAAAUCUGCAUUGUUGGAACAAUCAGAUGAAGGAAGGCUGCAAGCUGAACUAUCGUUAUUUGAUUCUUCGAUCGAAUGUGCAUCAAUCAAUAAAUCUUAUGUGCUUCAACGGACAGCCAGCCAACGAGAAACAAUCGUUUUUAAGAAGUCAUCAAUCUUCUAUGGGCUUGCAUCCCCAAUCAUCGAUGUUGAUGUCUUAUCGGGUUUAAGUGCUCAACAAAUCUGUUUACGUCGAUGUGGUCAAAUCGAACCACUUCUUUUUGAUGAUAUUUAUUCCGAAAGCCAACUUCCAAACUGUGAGAAAAUAGGCGAAGGCGUAUACGGAGAGGUUUUUAUGUACCAACCUCCCGACGAUGAUCCAAUUGUCUUGAAAAUCAUACCAAUUGAAGGCGAUCUUUUUGUUAAUGGUGGACCACAAAAGCGUUUUAGUGAGAUUCUCUCGGAAAUAGUCAUAGCUGAGGAGUUGAGUGGACUAAGCAAUGGAAAGGAGAACAAGACCGAUGGUUUUGUAAAGAUCAAACGUGUUAAAUGUGUUAGAGGUGCUUUUCCGCAACAUCUUCUCGACGCUUGGGAAAUCUAUAAUGAUAGUAGUCUGAAAGGAAGUGAAAACGAUAAUCCCGAUAUUUUUGACGACGAUCAACUUUAUAUUGUUUUCGAACAAUAUAAUGCUGGUUUGGACCUUGAAGCUUUCGUCUUUAAGAACGCUGAGGAAGCAUUCUCUGUUUUUGUGCAAGUUGCAUUGACACUUGCUGUUGCUGAAAAUAAGUUUGAGUUUGAACAUCGUGAUUUACAUUGGGGAAAUAUUCUUAUCGCUCGUACCAAUCAGAAAUAUUUAAAAUAUCAUGUAGACGGAAAAGUCUACGAAAUACCAAGUUAUGGUGUUAAGGCAACUAUCAUUGAUUUCACAUUGAGUCGUAUGGUAUAUGACGGUGCUGUUAUUUAUGACAACUUAGCAAAAGACCAGGAACUCUUUGAAAGCAGCGGAGAUUAUCAGUUUGAUAUUUAUCGCUUGAUGAGAUAUCGUCUAGAGAACGACUUUAAACGCUACGAUCCGUACACAAAUUUGUUAUGGUUGCACUAUCUCACUGAUAAGCUGAUUGACGGAGCUCGUUACAAAUUUUCAAAGAGCGAUAAGCAUAAGAGUGCAUUGAAUAAGAUAAUGCAGUUGAGAGAUUCAUUAUUGGAAGAAAAUCAAAGUGCCUCUGAUUUCGUCAAGUCAUUAAAACAUUAAAGAACGUAACAGAAGUGAAAAAUAUUCGUCCGGUCAAUAGAAAUCAUCCAUCAUAUGCCAAUAUCCUCAUCAUUUAACUUCUAUAUAUUUUUUAUUUUAAAUAAUCUGUAUCUGUAUUACUCCCGGUAUAUUUUGUAAUUCCUUUACACCUAUUAUUUUUCUUUCUAUUUAUCUCUCUCUUUUUUUCGAACAAAUCCAAAAAUAAUGGAACUAUUGGACAAGAUAGUUGAAUGUCGGUGCUAUGAAAAGGCAUUGGCAUUUAGAAUCAAAACUAUAAUAACCAUAUAUGAUUUAUUUUCUAGAAUAUUUAUUUCCUUUUCUCAUGGACAAAUGUCUUUAGAAGCUAACAGUAAUAAAACAUUAUAUCAUCUAACCACCCACAACUUGCGUGUCGUCUCCAUUUAUUGCUCCAUAUUUCAGUUUAUUUUGUGCUCUUAUCCUUGUCGUUUUCGUUUCCUUUACAUAUGAUUCCAUGCUUUCUGCUGGAUAUUGAUCGCCCCAAGAAGAAUGUCUAGCACAGCGAUAUGCAGGCUUACCAUGCUGUUUUUGUGUGAAAAUAAUUUCUUGAAGAUUUCCUUCCUUCGUACACAUUCGACAUAUCGUGUGCUUACUUUUGACUAAUGUUGGUCUAACAAUUCUUGGCCACUUGUCUGCAGUGACAUUAGACUCACCCUUUUUAAUGACUAAAUAUGAGUAUAAGUGACUAUGAAUUUGGGAUGGUCCUGAAAAUGGAAGGCUAUUAUAUCUGACUUCAAAAUUGCAUGGAGUUCCGUCAUUCAAUUUGAAUCGUGGACAUUCAGAAGUAUGUGGACAUGGCGAGAAGAUGAAAGCUUUUUCAUUAUUUUGAUCUUUCAAGUCCAUUAAAAAUUCACGAAUCUCAUUCAGUAACUGAAAUCCACUGUUUGUUCCAUUUUCGACAAAAAUUAAAUAGUUUUCGGUCUUAUUCCAUAAAUUAUUAACAGUUUUAAGACGUUCACUGAGAUUUUGUUGCUCAAACAUGGAAUAUGCUGAUAAUACAAUGUCAUAUUUUUGAUCUCGUGAAGGUAGAAAUUGCCGUUGAUAGACGUGCUUUAAAGAGAUGUUUUUAUUAUUAUCUCCGUCUCUUAAUAUGAGAUCUGACAAGUCAUUCAUAUAUUUUGAUGCAUCAACAAGAUAAUAUUCAUAUAUUGAUGACUUCCAAAGUUCUGAUGCUGCCCAUACGCCAGUUCCAACGCCACUUCCGAAAUCAAAGAAUGUUCUUGGUGUAAAAUAUUCAUCUCUUCUUUCAAUUUCCUUAAAUAUCCUCAUUAAUGACGCAUACUCUUGUGGUGCUCUUCCAAAAAGAUACAGCAGUGACUUAUAUUCAUCAUAUUCUAUUGCUUGCCAUGCAUAAACUCUCUGAUGCAUUAAUGUCUGUACUCGAUUCCUUUUCAUCUCAUUGUAAAAUUUUACUGCUUGCUCGUUUGUUGGAUCUGGAAGAGUUGCUGGCAAUUUAUAUUUUACUGGAUCACUUUCUACUAUUUCUGUCAGUUCACGGAUCUUCUCUCUUAGGUUCUGAUCCUCCAUUGGUGCUUUCCGACUCACUAAAUACUUUGAAAAUGUCGAUCCUUUAUUUAUUAAAUUUCCAAUAGAUUGAUCGCCUGUUACUUUUUCCAUUGUAUCGAGGAUUCUAUCUGGUAAUGUGGAAAUUGGUAUGCUAUUGACUCCAUAAUGUUUUCGUGGCUUGACUUCUUCACUUUCUAGUUUUUGCUCUAAUUCUCUGUCUAAUUGAACUUUUAUUGGAUAUGAAUAUGUUGAUGAGACAGUAAAUGAUCGUCCUACAUUUAACUGUAGCUUGAAAUACCUUAAAUUGCUGGGUAAAUUAAGUUUUUGGAAAUUCCUUAAAAACAUGCUAUAAAUUUAUUAGUAAACAAUCAAA